CCUCAACAUCGUCGCUCACGCUCAUCAACACCGCCAAGAUGAGCUUCGCACCCCUCAACCCCCGCCCUAUGCUGCAGGACCUCGUCAGUAGGACCGUUCUCGUCCGCCUAAAAUGGGGUGAGGUGGAAUACAAGGGCACCCUCGUCUCUGUUGACAGCUACAUGAACCUCCAGCUCUCUGGCACCGAGGAGUACAUCGCCGACAAGCCCACUGGCUCUCUGGGACAAGUGUUGAUUCGGUGCAAUAACGUCCUGUGGGUGCGCGGCGCCGACGAAGGCAAGGACGCGGAUGCUGCGAUGACGGGCUAAUCAACCAUGGCAAAGGUGAUGGGACUUUAUGGGGAAUGAAAAGGAGGACACGGCGCUCUCAACCUUUCAGAGUCUUGCUCUGACACGAAACCUACGUCUGGGGUCACACCACACACCUCUUGACCACCAACCGCCUGCUCAAGGCCAACUUCAUGUAUCCGUCUCCAGCAUCUCGCAAUGAGGCAGCGGCCUUGAACUCGUUUCAACCUAAAACAGAAAUGAGCGAAGCGACAGAGAAAGCCUUGUCAGGCAUGACAAUGUGCCGGGGGCUCUAAUGUUUACUCUUCAACCCUCAAGAUCACCACCCACUAUUCUUACUCUUUCAUGGCUCCUCGACGUUCAACCUGGGCGAUUCUUUUUUCACGUGGUUGCAUGGACAGUCAUGACUCUCUGCCAUGAGACAUGUGACUGGGCCAGCUGAAGAGGCACUAAGCCCUCCUAUUUGUGUAUCUUGUGUAUCAAGAGGCUUUGGUUUGCACUGAAAUUGCGCAUGCCUCCUUCGGACGAUGCUUGGAAUCUCGCCAAACUAUUUUGCAAUUCUGAUGACUCGAUCGUGUCACCAUCUUCCCCUAGUGCCUCUUUCCCUAGUGAUUCAUGCCUUCUUUUUGCCAUGAAGUCCCCGCAAGAUGAAUUUCUCUGCAGUUGAACGAUAUUGGUAUUGGUUUUGAAUUUGCUGCUGUACUGACGACUAUGAGGUUCGUAGGCCCGAGUUCCGCGAAGUGAUAUGCCUGUUUACAGGCUUUUCUAAAUGCUUUCAAGUAGGCCUGUAUGAUCAUCGAUAGCCUGAAAUGAACCAGUGGGCAAGGAUACACGUUAUG